CCCUCUAGCCCUCUGUGUUGUUGCUGUUAUUGUGGCUGGAUGGUGUCUACUCAACGCACGUGUGGUUCGGCAUGUUUUGAUACUGCGCCUAAAGAACAUGUCAGUUGAGACCGGUGUGUACCUUGUAGCAUGAGGGUCCUCCCUCGCCCGUCCCUGUUGAUGGAAAAAGCUUUCGAGUCUCUCUUCCCACUGGUAGCUAGCUUGAUUCACAUUUGAAAUCUGAAGACCGCGGGUUUUCAAAGAGGUGUAUGCCUGAAGGGAGGGAACUGCCUAAUGGAUCAUGGCUCUGAUGUUUACAGGACAUUCCCUAUUUUUAGCCUUAGUGAUGUUGGCAGUCUCCACUUACGAAGAGUCUGUAAGCAAUUACUCCGACUGGGUGACUUUUACAGAGGAGGUGGAUCAGUAUGAGAAACAAAGACUGGACAGUUUCAGGGCUAGUCAGAAGAUGAAAAAAGUGGUUCUUCACCCGAGCUUAUAUUUCAGUGCUGACGAGAUCACGGUGCUGAGGCAGAAAUCUCACACCAGCCACCUCCACCUUUUUAGGGCAAUCAGAAGUGCGGUGUCAGUGAUGCUGUCCAACCCCGCCUACUACCUACCUCCACCCAAGCACGCUGAUUUUGCAGCCAAGUGGAAUGAAAUCUAUGGCAACAAUUUGCCUCCCAUAGCGUUUUAUUGCCUCCUGUGCCCCGAAGACAAAGCGGCUUUUGAUUUUGUCGUGGAAUAUAUGGACAGGAUGGCCGGCUACAAAGACUGGUUGGUGGAGAACGCCCCGGGUGAUGAAGUGCCUCUUGGGCACUCUUUAACUGGCUUUGCCACGGCAUUUGAUUUUUUAUAUGCCUCCUUGGAUGAAGUCAGAAGGCAAAAAUACUUUGCCAAGGUUUGGGCCGUGAGUGAGGAAAUGUAUGAGUAUUCCAAAGUCCGUUCCUGGGGCAAGCAACUUCUUCAUAAUCACCAAGCCACUAAUAUGCUGGCGUUGCUCAUUGGGGCCCUGGUAACUGGAGGGGGCACAGAGUCACGAGCAAAUGCCUGGAAGCAUACAGUAGUGGAUGUGAUGGAAAAAACCAUGUUUCUGCUAAACCACAUUGUCGAUGGCUCUUUGGAUGAAGGUGUGGCUUACGGUAGCUACACUGCCAAAUCAAUAACCCAGUAUAUUUUUCUGGCACAGCGCCACUUUGGCAUUAACAAUCUUGAAAACCACUGGCUCAAAAUGCACUUUUGGUUUUACUAUGCUACCCUUUUGCCAGGCUUUCAGAGGACUGUAGGCAUAGCGGAUUCCAAUUAUAACUGGUUUUAUGGCCCUGAAAGCCAACUGGUUUUCCUAGAUAAGUUUGUGUUAAAGAGUGGGGUAGGCAAUUGGCUUGCACAACAAAUUAGAAAGCAUCGCCCAAAGGAUGGUCCAAUGGUGCCAUCCACUGCCCAGAGAUGGAGUACCCUUCACACAGAGUACAUAUGGUAUGACCCAGGACUAACUCCCCACCCUCCACCUGAAUAUGGCAGUGCUAAAAUGCACGUGUUUCCUAACUGGGGGGUAGUUACGUAUGGAGCAGGGUUACCAAAUACUCAGACAAAUACCUUUGUUUCUUUUAAAUCUGGAAAGCUGGGAGGCCGUGCUGUCUAUGACAUAGUCCACUUCCAGCCAUACUCCUGGAUUGAUGGGUGGCGAAGCUUCAACCCAGGGCAUGAACAUCCUGAUCAAAACUCUUUUACCUUUGCUCCUAAUGGGCAGGUGUUUGUCUCUGAGGCCCUUUAUGGACCCAAGCUUAGCCACUUGAAUAAUGUUCUGGUGUUUGCUCCAUCUCCCACAAGUCAGUGCAAUCAACCUUGGGAAGGUCAGCUUGGGGAAUGCACACAGUGGCUUAAGUGGACUGGGGAUGAAGUUGGAGAUGCAGCAGGUGACAUUAUAACGUCCUCUCAGCAUGAGGACAUGUUGUUUGUGAGUGGUGAGGCAGCACCUGCGUACUCCUCAGCAAUGAAGCUGAAAAGUGUGUACCGUUCCUUGCUUCUGUUAAAUCCUCAGGCUUUACUAGUGGUGGACCAUGUGGAGAAGGAGGAGGACUCUCCCAUCAACUCCAUCAGUGCCUUUUUUCAUAACCUUGACAUUGACUUUAAAUAUGUACCGUAUAAAUUCAUGAACAAAUAUAAUGGAGCCAUGAUGGACGUAUGGGAUGCUCACUAUAAAAUGUUUUGGUUUGACCAUCAUGGAAAUAGCCCUGUUGCUAGGAUACAAGAGGCAGAGCAGGCAGCUGAGUUCAAAAAGAGGUGGACGCAGUUCGUAAAUGUCACUUUCCCUACAAAGAGUACUACUGCAAGGAUUGCCUACCUCUUCUAUGGCCCUUAUGUCAAUAUUUCUAGGUGUAGGUUUAUUGAUGAUGCCCAGUCUGGAUUUCAGAUUUCUCUGAAUGUCAACAAUACAGAAACCAUUUUCUCUGUUGUAACAGACUAUCUCAAUCUGAGGACGAGGUUCAGCUAUUUAGGCUUUGGUGGCUAUGCCAAGGUAGCUACCCAAGGCAAGGUUACAAGAUUUGGCCUGGGUACCGAAAGUAUAGAAAAACAGGCACCGAGUACCAGGACUGUUUUUCCCUUUGGAUUUAAAGUGAAUAUAAUAGCAGGGCUGGUGUUGGGGGUUAGCUUGGCCAUAUUGGCCUUCCAGUGGCGGUUUUACAUUUCCUUUGGCAAGCUUUUGCGUGGGAUCCUGGUCCUAGUCAUCGCAUUGUGGUUUGUUGAACUGGUCGAUGUGUGGAGCUCUUGUACUCAACCAAUCUGUGCAAAAUGGAGCAGUGACAAGACAAGUCCAGAACACAACACAGGGAAGGGCCCUGUGAGCUUGCCAGAUGUCAUCAUUACCUCUCUCCCCAGUUCAGGGGCGGAAAUCCUGAAGCAACUCUUUUUCAACAGCAGCGACUUCAUCUAUAUCAGGAUCCCUACAGGCUAUCUUGAUAUCCCUGAAACUGAAUUUGAGAUCGACUCCUUCGUUGAUGCUUGUGAGUGGACAGCAUCUGAUGUUCAGAGCGGUCGCUUCCGGCUAGUUCAAGGCUGGCUGCAUUCCCUAGUCAAAGACACCAAGCUUCAUUUACAAAACAUCCACUUACACGAAACCAGCAGGAGUAAGUUAGUUCAGCAUUCCACCGCCAGUAAAGACAAAAAGAGGCGGCCUAGAAAGAGAGAAUCCAUAGCGGAACAAAGAAACCGAUUGAGAGGGAGUUCAGACAAAGAUGCGGAAUACAUCAGGGAACUGAGGAGACACCUUGCCUUUUAUCCCAAUGCACGUCCUGUGCUUAGCCUGAGCAGUGGGAGCUGGACAAUAAAGCUGCCUUUCUUUCAAGAAAUCAUAGGCCCUUCAUUGAGAGCGCUCUAUGUAGUACGGGACCCUCGGGCCUGGGUCUAUUCAAUAUUGUACAAAAGCCAGCCUAGCCUUUACUCCUCGAGGAAGGUUCCACAGCGCUUAGCCAGGUUGUUUCAAGUGGAAGGUAGGAAUCAGAAGUGCAGUUUAAAUUCAGGCUAUGCCUUUGAAUAUGAAUCGCUGAGGGAGGAACUCUCUGAUUCGAAUUCAAAUGCUGUCUCUGUGAUGUCCCAUUUGUGGUUGGCAAAUACAGCCGCGGCUCUGAGACUCAACGGGGAUUUGCCGCUGGCAAAUUACCACCUACUCAAGUUUGAAGACAUUGUCAACUUUCCCCAGAAGAUGGCUGAAGCUGUCUAUGCCUUCCUCGGCAUCCCUCUGUCUCCUGCUAGCUUAAACCAAAUAUUAUUUGCCACGUCCACCAGUCUUUUUUAUCUUCCUUACGAAGGAGAAGUCUCCCCGGCAGGCAUCCAUGCUUGGCGGCACAAAAUGCCUCUGGAGGAAAUUAGGCAGAUCGAGGACAUCUGUUCGACUCUAAUGGACCGCUUAGGAUAUCCAAAGUUUACUGAUUUAGAUGCUGCGGGUCAGCAGUAGUUUGCACUAAGGAUUCCCAGGCUCUUCAAUUUGUAGAUAAGAAUCUGGUUUAUUCUUGUAAAAUGUCUGUACAGUCUGUUACACUUGCAGAGAGAGAUUAUUUUAAAUGCAAUGAGAUAUUUGGUCCAGUAAGCUUCUCCCACUCCCUCCUCCCAUUCCAAACAAAAAAACUCGUAAUUACUGUUGCUGCCUUUGAAAAUAAAGCUGUGCGAAUCUUUACAUUCUUUUCCAGAUGGGCACUGGAGAGCUCAGGGGAUUGCUAAUAGGAUAAGGUACCUUUCAUUUCUAGGCUAUCAGGACGGGGAGUUGCCAAGUGUCGCUGCCGUCUGCUGGUUAUUUGCUGGCCAACAUGGAAUCUGUUGGGGGGAGGCAGGGCUCAGCCCCGGUUUUCUGAGAACAACUGCUUAUAUCACAAAGCAGACUUCACAUUUGGCAGCAAUUAUCUCCCCUGGGCUAGAUUUACUGGCAUGUUAUGCCUACUUUUAACUACUCCAGCAGUGCUGAUAUUCUGUAAACUUAAUGUAACCAGCCAGUUUAAACUGUGUUUUAUGAUAGCCUAACAUCAUUGGAGUGACAGGAGACAGAUCCCCCCCCCCACACACACACAUUUUGGCAACAUUUUGGUAUCCUAUUGGCAGCCUUAGUAAAAGACACCAAGAACCAAGCUGACAUGGAAACAGAAUAAUACUUCUUAAUAUGUUUUCAGUAGCAAGGAACUGGGGUCAGUCAGGUUUAUUUCAGGAUAACAUUCCCUACUGUAACCAUUAUGUGAAUAAAGAAAUAAUGGUCAGAACUAAUGAUAAACAUAGCAGCGCUGAGAUUGAUUUUAUGUUCUGUAGCACCAUCGGCUAUUUCUUGGUUAGAAGGACUGCUCUUAUCUUUGCAGCGGAGGCUGCCAUUGGCCUACUUAGGGGGUAUCUACACAGAAGCUUCCCGGUCUAGUUCAGCAUCUCUGGACUAGACUGGAAAUAUAGAAGAAAUCUCCUGAACAAGAAAGUGUAACAUGGAUUAGAAGAACCCUGAGUUGAUGCAUUAUUUUGGGUCACUCAAACAAA